AUGAACAAAGGACCGCACCCCCUCCCCCCCUUCCUUCCUCCACACCCCUGCCCCACCCACGGUAGUCCCUGUAGAAUCCUUACCGCCACCCCCUCAGCCCCCCCCCGAACGGCAGAAGUGGGAGUGAGCGAGAGGAAGAGGAGGCGGCAGGUCUGCUCCUUCUCACGGCGGCCAACCCUCCAACCCCCCGUCCCCGCCACCUCCCCCCCACUCGGUGUCGCUGCUGGCGGUGGCGCUGCUGGCGGGGUCGCUGGCGGUGUCGCUGCUGGCGGGGUCUCUGCUGCCGUUGUAGCUGCUGGCGGGUCUCUGCUGGUGGUGUCAUUUCUGGCGGGGUCUCUGCUGGCGGUGUCGCUGGCAUUGUCGCAGGCGGUGUCUCUGCUGGCGGGGUCUCUGCAGGCGGUGUAG